UUCCUGGUACAUAUAAUUACAUAUAUUUAUUUUAGGUAAGGUAACAACGAAUUUACAAGAAGCAGAAGCGUCAAAAGAAAUAAAAAAAGAAAAAUCAAAAUUAUUUAUAAUGUUAAAUAAGGAUAAACAAAAGGAUUUAUUAAUAAAAAGUCCAAAGGAAGGAAAAAGUCCAAAAAUGGAAAAACAAAAAAUUAAAUUUUUUCAAAACGAAAUUGUUUUAUUUUUAAUUGAAAAAAUUUUCCAAAAAUUACAAAAUAAAUAUUUAAAUGAAACAGAAAUACAAAAAAUAUUUGGAAAAUUAAUGAUUUUGGAAAUGGCUGCUUUUAUUUGUAAUUUAGGAAAAAAUAAUAAAUUAAUUGGAAAAGAUUUUUAUGAAUGUAAAGAAAAACACGAAAUAAUUGAAAAAAAUUAUUUGAACGAAAAUGAAGAAUUUUUUGAAAAUUAUUUUGGUGAAAGAGAUGAAAGGUUUUUUGUUAAUUGUAAAUUGGAAUUAGAUCCGGACCCUGUUUGA